AUGAGUAGCCGUAACAACGACGAAAGUGUUCCUCUUUUGGGGUCAGAUGGAAGCAGACACAAUUCUUCACAUAAGGAAUCGGGAAGAAGACGUCGGAAAUCAGCGUUUAAUGGUCCCAGCGCGGCUUCCGAUGCGCAUAAUAUCGCCAUCGAACAUAGCAACGGACUACUGAACCACAGUAACGACUUUGAUAAGGCAGAUUCGUGGGGUAUGUUGCACGAUACCACCGAUGAGGACUCAACACAUACACGAAACACGUCCGAUAUACAUCUGGCACAAUUUGCGUCGUCGUACAUCGACCACAGACCCUCGAUUGCUGUCAUGGAAGCAAUGAACUCUUCGCCCAUGGUAAAGCGAAACAGAAGGCCCAGUACAUCCCAGCGACUGCAUCAAACUUCUGUCAGUACACCUGCUGUUGAUGUGCGUACGAAAAUGCGCAGAAGGUCCAGCCUACCACGAAUGUCGCCUAGGGAGGCCGAGCGGUGGGCUAAAGCAACUACUCACAGUGAAAUGACUAGUGGAUCCCACAAACAUGGUGACGAUAUCAUGCAGAAGCGAGGUGAGGAUGUAGUCAUUGAUGUGGACGCUCUCAUGGAUCACGUUAAACGCGGAACUCGCAGUGAUCCGUCGUCGCAUGUGUCGAGUCACGGCUCGCAAGAUGAAUACAACUCACAACCAUCCUCUCGAAGGUCAUCCAAUUCUUCUUCCUUGAAUGAUGUAUGUCUGCCAAUAGAUGAUGAGGAUAGCGCUGGGUCCAAAGUUUGGCCAGAUGUCGCGGUCCUAGAAGAAUUUUCCAAAGAAGAGACUGACAGGUUACGCAAACAAGCUGUGCAAGACACUGAAAAUUUCCACUUCCAAUACGACGACGAGGAAGAUUUCGACGACGAAGGCCAAAGUAAUGACGGGGUGUUGUUUUCAAAACCCAUCGUUACUAAUAUAGAUGUUCCGGAAUUGGGCAAUACCAGAAUUAACGAAACCGAACAUUUGAAAGCGGGGAGAUUGAGACCCAGGAAAAUUACACCCUGGCAACUUAGACGUAAAGGCAUGAAUUUGCCAGGAUUAGGACUCAUCAACAAUCAAGCGAAAAGCUCUUUGGAAGAGUCUCAAAAGCAGCAAGAAAGGCAAGAUGAUUUUCUUGUAGGAAGGAACAUCCAAUAUCCUCCUCAUAUCAUCUCUAACAACCCUGAGCAUUUUCGUUUUACCUACUUCAGAGAGGAUUUAGACUCCACGAUUCAUUCCCCCACCAUUUCGGGACUGCUUCAACCUGGACAAAAGUUUGACGAACUUUUCGUAGGGCCCGUCUAUGCUGCAGGCCAUGGUACUCCAAGUGAAACCAAGAGUAGUACACCUUCGCAACCAGCACCCCUGCAGCACCAAAUCACGAGGCAAUCAGGCUCUUUAGAUCUUGACGAUUAUCCACCAUUCUGGCUUGAUGUUUCAAAUCCUACCGAAGAGGAAAUGAAGGUGUUGAGUAAAGCAUUUGGUAUCCACCCUUUGACAACUGAGGAUAUUUUCUUGGGAGAAGUGCGCGAAAAGGUUGAGCUUUUCAAGGAUUACUACUUGGUUUGUUUCAGAAGUUUUGACAUCGUCGCCGAGCGCCAUAUUAGAAAAAAGAAAAUGCAACAAGACACAAACACCUCCGCCUCCAGCGACCGCUCAACUUACAAUGGCCGUGGAGGCUGGCUUCCAAAAUUCUUCCGCUCUCGUAGACACCCAUCAACGGUAAGGACGGCUAACAGUUUCAGCUCGAGUUAUAAAAAGAACAUGAAAAAGAAGAUAGAGGAGAAUGAAAAAUACAAACGUAAAUCAGGAGAUAGACGUAAACCACGAGAGGGAGAGCUGGAGCCUUUGAAUGUUUACAUCAUUGUAUUUCGCACAGGAGUGUUGACAUUCCAUUUUGCGCCCACCCCUCACCCAAUUAAUGUGCGUAGGAGAGCGCGGUUACUAAAGGAUUAUUUGAAUGUUACAGCAGACUGGAUCGCAUAUGCCCUGAUCGAUGAUAUAACAGAUGCUUUUGCACCUAUGAUUGAGUUGAUUGAAGACGAGGUAUAUGACAUUGAAGAUGCCAUAUUGAAAAUGCACCAUAGCGCAGAUGACUCAAGCGACGACGACGACUCCUCUGACGAUGAAUCUAGUGAUGAUGGGUACACGUCUUUGGAAAGAAUUCCUCGCAGAAUGAGCGUCAUAGACGAUAGCAGGAGUGGAUCAACCCGCUCCACCAUGAGGUAUUCAUCCUCUGAGUCCAGUUUGCGUGCCAAUAUCAUUGGUUGGAAGAAAAAGGGUGACAUGUUACGGCGUAUUGGUGAGUGUCGGAAGAGAGUUAUGAGCAUAUUGCGGUUGCUUGGUUCCAAAGCUGAUGUCAUUAAGGGAUUUGCUAAGAGAUGUAAUGAACAAUGGGAAGUUGCACCUCGGUCAGAAAUUGGCAUGUAUCUGGGUGACAUUCAAGACCAUAUUAUUACUAUGGUCUCUUCAUUAAACCACUACGAGAAGUUAUUAAGUCGCUCCCAUUCUAAUUAUUUGGCUCAGAUUAAUAUUGAUAUGACUAAAGUUAACAAUGACAUGAAUGAUGUGCUCGGGAAGAUUACCCUUUUAGGUACUGUUGUUCUUCCUAUGAACAUCAUCACCGGUUUGUGGGGUAUGAACGUACUAGUUCCCGGGCAGGAAACUCACUCGUUGACAUGGUUUAUCAGCAUUACAACAUUCAUGUUCGUGUUCGCCUACGGAGCGUAUGUGUACACGAAAAGACGCUUUGGAUUCUAG